AGAAGGAUGCCCCACAACAGCUUUCCUCUGCGUUUACCCCGCCAGCCCUGAAGCCAUCAGCAGAGGCAGCUCGGGAUUCGAGAGGCAGCAGCUGUGCCCGGAGAAGGCAUUGCAUUGCUUUGUACUGCGCAUCCUCCCUCCCCCUCCUCUGCUGCUGCAGGCUUCCUCCUUUCAUCUCUCCAUCCUCUCUCCGCUCGAUCCUGCGUCUCUCCCUUCAGCAUCCUUCCCGGACUGCGUCCCCCGCCUCCCGCAUCCCUCCCUCCUCCAUCGCUCCCGCCCUGCAUCCCUCCAACCCCCCCAUCCCCUCCCGGCCUGCAUCCCUCCCUCCAUCCCUCCCUCCCUCCUCUCCCUCCUUCCCUCUGACUGCGCAGAGCCGCGGACAUGGCGCUCAGCAAUUUCCUCUUCGCUCAGUGCAUCUGCUACUUCCUGGCCUUCCUCUUCAGCUUCAUCGUGGUUGUGCCUCUCUCCGAGAAUGGCAACGACUUCCACGGCCGGUGCCUGCUCUUCACCGAGGGCAUGUGGCUGAACGCCAACCUGACGGUAGAGAGGCAGCGCUUCACGGUGCAGGAGUGGGGGCCCGAGGCCGCCUGCCGCUUCAGCAUCUUCACUGGGCUCCUCUCCCUGCUGCUGGCCACAGUGCAGGCCUGGAGGACCCUCUUCUUCCUCUGCAAAGGGCAUGAGGACUCCUUCUUUUAUGCCUUCCUGAAUCUGCUGAUCAGCGCCUUUGUGGUGUUCAUCACGUUUAUUGCUAGCACUAUAGUGAGUGUAGGAUUUAACAUGUGGUGUGAUGCAAUUACUGAAAAAGGAACCAUGCCAAAUAGCUGUGAAGAAUUACAGGACAUAGAUCUUGAACUGAAUUUAGAAAACUCUGCUUUCUACGACCAAUUUGCUAUUGCACAGUUUGGUCUCUGGGCUGCCUGGCUGACUUGGCUGGGAAUUACCAUUCUGGCUUUUCUGAAGGUUUAUCACAACUACAGACAGGAGGACCUGCUAGAUAGCCUGAUCCACGAGAAGGAGCUGUUGCUAGGAAGAUCUUCUUCACGAACCUCUUUGCAAGAUGAGAAAAGUGGCAUGAUCUAGAGUGUAAGCAGAUUUCCAGGGAAGGAUCUUGAUUUUAUUACUCAGUAGUGUGAACUGAAGUUGAGGCAGUGCAUUGAGUGUCUGAGAUAUUUUUCUUUCCUUAAAAGAGAUGUACUUGUGAAUCACCCCUUUCCUCCUCAAGAAGCUGUUGGCAGAAAUACUUAUAUUAGGAUAGAGAGAAUUAAUGACCCGUGUGCCACUGGCACAGCAAAAUUUCUGUCCUCAACAGGCAGGAUCUGUAACCUGCUUUUGCUAGCAAAGCUCCUAUGGGCUAUCACUGUCUUUUGAGGCAGAGGUCAUUUUGGAGGACUGAGCUGUCAAGAACAGGCUACAGAAUCGAGGCUGUUUCUUCAAACUAUUCUGUAACAAUAGCUGUAACUGGAUCUCUGUGCCCAGUCCCUCUUCUCUCACUCUCCUCCCUGUUGCCAGUAAAGCUGCCCCUAUUCUCCCUUCACUAGGGGUGACUGCAGCUCUGGCCCUGACACAGACUCUCCCUGUCUCUGAUUUUGGUAUGUAUUGAUGCAAUGCUGACAAACCUGUUGCUCCUGCUCCAAUUUUGAUUUAGAACAUAGACAUCUGCAUUCCAGAUUUAAUCUUGGUCAGUGCUAACAAAUGGCAUGAAAUCACUGUAGUAUUACAGUAUCUGUCAAACACUGUGUAUCAUUUGGAAGGAUGGUGGAAAUUUUUGUGGUGUUCUUUCAUCUUGGAUUUUUGCAUGACCAACGUUUACUAUGACUCCUGAAGUCUAGUGGAGCUAGUCAUUGCCAAAGCUUGCAUACUAAGAAAUUAGCCUGAAUAGAUAGUAUUAAUGCUUGUGCAUUUGUAAAUGUAACUGUGCCCCUAACAUUGUACACUAUUCAGUUUUGAGUAUUACAAUUUACUUGUGAUAUUUAUUUCAUACAGAGUAUGCAAAGUUACUGUAAACAUUUGCAUUGUAGGUACCUCUAUAUAUCUAUAAGUACAGCAAGGAGGUUGAACAGCUGUUAUUUUAUAGGCAAUUCAGUGCUGAAUGGGGUCUGUUCUUCCCACUGAAGGGCAGGAGUUCCAGAGCUGAUGAAUUUUACUGUGAAAAGGAAGAACUGUUCUUAUUUGACUUGAUAUUUUUGUUGUUGGGUUUUUGUUUGAUUUUUGUUUUGCCUAGCCAGUGCUUCUACAAAUGAGGUGGAUGGUUGAGGUGAGAAAUUCAGAUUAAGAGGAGUCACUCAAAUGUGGAAUUUGCAUGUCAGUGAAGUAAAAAAUAUGCUGGAGUUAGUUAUCUCCAGGUACACAUUACACAGAAGACUGAUUCAGGAGAAAUCUUCAGCCUAAACAUAACUGCUUGCUUAAGACUAUUUUUUGGGAGGCCACUGGGGCUGCCUGCUCUGUUUGAGGUGAAACUGAAUUUAUUGUAACACAAGUGCAAGCCAUGAGCAACUGCAUUUCUUGGUGAAUAGGAAGGAGGAAGGAGGAAAGAGAAGACAACAAACUUCUACCCUGUCAGAGCUCAAGCCUGGGGCUAACACAAACAGAGAUUUGCUGUUGCCCUUUGGGAACUAUCUGCAGCCGAAGUACUGGCUUAAGCAUUUGUUUGAAACAGAAUUCGAAGCCAUAGCAAACACCUGAAUUAGUAAGCAUUUUAGGGCACAAAAUCUAACAUUACAAAUAAGAGUUAAAUUUUUCUCAUGGAUUUAGGGAAAAAACCCUCCAUGGGCUCUAAGCAGUGAGGCAGCUCUGUGAACACUGCUUAUAGACCCAGAUAGCCACAGCACUGCAGAGGCAUCUUUUCCAGUAUGACUUCUGCCCACAAGGAAAUGCAAUUCCUCUGUAGCUUUGCAGUGGUGACUUUUUUAUAGUGGUGAAUUAACAUCAGUGGAGGAGUCCCUGGAGAGGGAAUCAGAGAUCAGGUUAGUCAUACUCCUUUAAAAUUCAGAGGUCAGGACUGUUGGAGUGCCUUUUUUUUUGCUCAUUUGAUCUAACAAGAGAUACAGCCUUGCAGUUACCUAAAACCUUUGUUGGGGUAUGGCCACCUGCUUCAUACUCUGAGAAAGAGCUUGGGUCCUGAAAGUCAGCCUGUUCCUUGUGCUUCCCCAGUUGCAUCUCCACUUUAAAUUUAAGAUUCAGCAGUGAUGUCUCUUACUGCAGAUUACUUCAGUACAUACCUUACUGCUCGCGUGGAACCAUGCUGCUGCUUCAUACAGUGUGUUUUAUGUGUAUACCCAAUCAGGCCUGGGCUGAAGUAAUGUGUGGAGAUCACUGUUUCUGGUCUUGCCUGGGGGUUUGAAGAUGCAGAGGACAGAAGACAAGAAGUGUCUCCUCCUCAUUCUUGUUUUGAGAUACAAGAGCUGAAGUCUUGUGUUUGAUUCUGAGGAGGAAGACAAUGAUAUUCAUUGGUGAGGUUGCUCAGAACUCAUGCUUGCUUCUACCACUUUUUAAUCCCAUCUCAGGGUCUUUCCUCCUUUCCACUUCCAUGAGAAGCAGGAAGCACUGGCCCUGGGUUUUCUACCCUUUUUGGCUUUUGUAGCUGGUAUUUUCACUAGUAUUUUUCACCCUGAUGCUAUCUCUCUGACACUAUCUUUGUUGUUCUGCAGCUCAGUAGACAAAAAAGUGGGGUCUUUAAAGCACCUGGCACAGCCAGGAUCCCAGCUUGAAAUAAAAGUAAGGAUGAUGUUAUUUGUUGCAGCCUUUAGAAAGUCCAGCCCAACAGAAGUGCAGGGAUAGUCUCACCUGUUAGAUUUGGCAUCAAAGCUUAAUCUAAUUAAUUUACCUGAGUGAAUUCUUUUCAAUUCAUUGCAUUUCAGUCCCCAUGAAUACAGAUGUCUUGGCUGUUAGAGCUGGCACGUAAACCAAAAAGAGGCUGAGACUCUUCUUAGAGUCAUGUGUGCAUCCAAAUCUGUUUUUAACAGCUUCUCUCACUUGAGCAGUUGGAGUGAGGCUAGUAUCCAUCUUGCAAGCAUCUGUGAUGCUUAGAAGCAAAGCUAGUUUUAAAAGAAACCCCGUGGCAGAUAAUAAGGCAGAAUAUGUAGGGAGAAGCUGUCUGUCUGACUUGAGUGGAGGAAUGGUAUCAUAGAACACUCAGUUAUUGGAUCCACUUUGGCAGUUUUGUCUGCAUUUAGCUUUCUACAAUCCCCUCUCCUACAGCUUGGAUACUCAGGCUAACCUGGUGAUGCUGACAAUGUGUUAGCAUAGAGGAAUUAUUUGGACACACAUGCACACAUACCUAUGCUCUCUCACAAAAUGUCUCUUGUACAUUUCUGACCUCUACUUUUAACCACCUAUUGCCAACUAGUGCAGAGUGUGGCUGCAGCAGGAGUUUCUCUGAGUCAAAUGUUUCAGUUCUGUGAUAUUUCAGCACUUAGUUUAAUGUGCCAUCUCCAAAAGCAGGCUUUUGGGACGCUCUAACAAGAGUGGUAUUCAAAGAAUCAGAACCCUGUGUGGUCUUUUUAUGUGUAUGUAUUUAGUAUCACUUGAUAAAAGGGGAAAAUGCUUUGUGUCCUUUGCCUGUGUAGCUCCUCCUGCUAGUGCCCACUGCAAAGCUGUGAGCUUUUCUGGUGGAGAAUGGGAGAUGCUGUUGUUUAGUCAUUGUAUUACCUGUGGUGAUAAAACUACAGCCAAAAGGGAUUUUA